UACUUAACUGUGCAAUUUACAAGACUGUGGUCAGAAGCGAGAUCUUGAUUUUCCAGUAACAAUGACGGUGUACCCGUGUUUACGGCGUGUUGUUGUGUCCCUGUCUGUUUUUAGACCUGUUCAGUGUGUGGGACUCCGAGCUGGACUGAGGACAUCAUGCAUCCAUCAAAGCAAAGAGGACAAAUCAAAUCUCGACUCAGUCGUGACCUACAAGCAGCUGAAGGCGUUGGUGGCAAAUCACAGCGUCCAGUUAUUUGACAUCCGAAACCCUAAUGAGUUCAAAGCAGGCCGCAUUCCAGAUUCUGUCAAUAUUCCACUGGAACAGCUAGAGGAAUCAUUACAGCUUUCUCCAGACCGAUUCGAGAAGCUUUUCAAGGUGAAGGCCCCCAAAAAGGAGGACGACGACAUCGUAUUUUAUUGCCAAAGAGGCCGCAGGAGUUUAAAAGCCCUUGAAACUGCCUGGCGUCUGGGAUUCAGCAGGGCACGUCACUACGCAGGAGGAUACAGUGAAUGGGCUGAGAAAGAGAAAUAUUAUCUAAUCGAUGUGUGACGCACACUGAGAGAAGUUUGCCGCACAAACAUGAUAUUUUUUACCUUCUGAUUUUUGAUGAAGAAUUGUAAGCAAACGUCCACCAUUUAGUCUGUGCUUGCUUGUGGCCAUUUAUUAUAUAUUUUAAACCCUUCAGCUCAUCCUUGUAGAUUAGCCUUAAUUUACCAAAUUUACAGAGUUUGUAAAAAAAAAAACACAUACAGAAUCGCUUUCAAACACAUACUGAAUUAAAUAAAUAAAUAAAUAAAUACAUCUAAUACAUCGAAAUAAAUCUAAAAAUAAUUAAAUAAGGUACUGUCAAAAUUAUUUGGUGUCAAUUUACUAUUCUGGUUUGUGUUCAUAUAGUUAGUGUUGGGGGGGUGAUCAAGUCAAACCAGAACUUUUGUUUGCACAUAAUAACAGAACACAGUUCUGACAGUAAAAACUGCCUUCAAAUCCCUGCUACUGCACUUACCCCAGCGUUUCACUAGUGCGUGGACACCAUCAACGUAGAGACUUCUCUCAGUACACCGGAGCCGUGAUUAGAUGGUCUGCUUCACGUCUGAAACGCUGGUCUCCCUGUUUGAGCCAUUAUUAAUUUAAUGGCCUAAACAUGUGGAAAUGGCUUGGAGUGAGGUCAGAACUGUACAGGGAAUGAGGUAUUAACUACCAGCCGAGUUCCUGUAAUGUGCAAGUGGUGCUGGUAAUUGAUUGUGUGUAAUGUUCCUACAAGCAGAUGCGUCUCUUCUGCAAGUUGGCGACAAGUUAUCCAUCGAUUUUCAAGAACCAGGCGUUCCUCCUGCUAAAUGAUCACAAGAACGACUGCAGUGGGCUCUGAGCCUACCUUUUAUCUAUACUGUAUAUAGGCAUUCAAGUCAAACUGGGACUUUAUGAUGUUUUGGUCAUAAUAAAACAUUUGAAUGGUGCAAAUGGUGCUAAAGAAAGCUGUACAUCUAGUAAUUGCAAAUUACUAGCCAGGGGUAGCUCAGUGGUUAAGGCAUUGGACUACGGUUCAGAAGAUCCCAGGUUCAAACCCCACAACCACUAGGUUGCCUCUGUUGGGCCCUUGAGCAAGGCUCUUAACCCUCAACUGCUCAGAUGUGUAAUGAGAUAAAAAUUUAAGUCGCUCUGGAUAAGAGUGUCUGCCAAAUGUCUAAAUGUAAUAGAUAAUGUACACUAUAUUGGCUUACGUCAUUCUUAUUACGCCAUAGAUGAGACCUUGAGAAAUAGUACACUGCUCAAACAUAAUACCUUUUUUGUUGAUCUAUUGAUUAAAAUCUGUUUUUACCCCCACCCCCCCUCCCUUCCCCACUCCCCUUAAUGUCACAUGGUAAAGCAUUUACUCUUCUCACCCACACUCUGAGGUGAAAGCUUGUUAAACAUAAAACAGGCACCACAUGGGCAAACAAGCUGCGUGACAGCAACCAGGAGGAGGCAGUAGUGUGAUACUGUAACUUCCCAUGGUACGUCGUAUUGUUUUUAUGAACAGCACUAUAGACCCAGCCUCAUGGUCACAGGUGUUGAAGAACUAAAUAAUCUGACACAGGAUAGAUGUGGCCAUCCUUGCUGUCAGACUGAUGCACAACUCGAGGGUAGCACAUUUCUCAGGCCGAUCCCCGGGUCAAGGUUAACAAAUCAUCUCGCAACAAACUCCAACUGGAAAUAAACUAUAGAUGGAGAGUUUUUAGAAGUCCAUUUAUUAAUAAUUGUGACUACCUAGUCAUCCCUUCAGACACUCAGUCAACAAAUUAAUCCCUAGGCAUUGUUUCUGUCUGCUACACUGGCUUGUCAAUUAUCUAAAUA